AUGGCCGAACACGAUGCGUUUUUUGGAUCCUACUCCCACCUGAAAACCCUUUCUCGGCAAGAGGAUGCCCUACAUACUCUCAAACGGCUUGCGUCGAUGGUCAAGCCGAUCAUGCGGGCGCGAGGAUGGCGCGUUAGACAACUUGCAGAGUUCUACCCAGACCAACAGAACCUACUUGGACUGAACGUCAACCGCACUCACAAGAUCCUCGUCCGCCUACGAUAUCCCGGCGAUGUCAACCAGUUCCUUCCUUUCGAGGAAGUUACCGAUACUCUACUUCACGAACUGGCACACAUCGUCCAUGGCCCUCACGACACCAAGUUUCAUGCACUCUGGGACCAGCUUCGGGAUGAACACGAAGGCCUCCUAAGAUCCGGUUACACAGGCGAUGGCUUCCUCUCAGUCGGCCACAAGCUAGGAGGCAGGCGCAUACCCAUGGAUGAGGCGCGCCGUAUAGCUCGGGUAGCAGCAGAAAAGCGCAGGGCGGAGCGUGGAGAUGUUGGGCGGAGAUUAGGGGGAAAGGCGCCGAGGCCCGGAGAGAACAUUCGAGAGAUAAUUGCGAAUGCAGCUGGGAGGAGACAGGCAUCCCUGCAAGGCUGCGGCAAUGCCAAACACGACGAGGGCGAAAUCCGGCAAAUUGAGGAGGCAGCAACUCGAAACGGGUUCAGAACGAAGGCUGAAGAAGACAAGGCAAACGAGGAUGCUAUCGCUCAGGCAUUGUGGGAGCUAGUGCAGGAAGACAAAAAGGCUCGACUGGGUGCCUCCUUUGUGCCGCCCAAAGGUGUCAAUGAUGACCUGGUGGGCACCUAUGGGACGAUGACCGACGACAAAUCCAGGCGUGCAGGAAGCGAUUCUCUCAAGAGAGUAGGCGCAAGUCCUGAUCUGAGUGACGGUCCUCCUCUGAAGCGGUCGGCAGCCUCGGGCAGUAUGAGUGCGACUGUUAAAUGGACAUGCACAGCCUGCACUUUGAUUAACGCUCCUGGCAACAUACGAUGCGAGAUUUGUGAACAUCCACGCCCGAAUGAGGCGGGUGCAGCAAGAUUUCCUGUAUUAACCUCUAAGCAAGCCAAAAAGCCGGAGAUCAUUGACUUGACAACAAGCCCAAAGAGAAGUGCAAAGCCUUUCAAAAAAACAGUAUCGGACGGUGUAAACAGCGCGGCGCGUUCACGCGAGAAGAAACCGGCGCCAUUCUGGUGUUGUCGACAUUGCGAUACUCGCAUGGAGCGCAAGUGGUGGACUUGCUCAAAAUGCGGCAAAAUGAAAGAUGCCGAAAGCUCUCAGGGUCAAGCCGAAAAGCCCGACAGCGGUGGAGUUUAUUCACAAGAAGGGACUUACGUGCCGCAAACACCUCGGCCCGCCCAAGAUUGCUGGAACUGUCUGAACUGCAAAACACGAAUGGAUAGCAGAUGGUGGAUCUGUUCAACAUGCGGUAAGAUGAAGGAAAGUUCGUGA